AUGAAUGACGCCAAUGAGUGGACACUGCUCAAGCAUGACAUAUUGCCGCCAGAGGGGUUAGAAUUUAUGGAGAGUUCUAACGGAACGUUACCAGAAGUAAACAAUAUGAUGAUGGACCCAUUUCUCGGCUCGGUCACAUACUUGGAAACGCAUUCACCUCCACCACCUCCUCUAAUUGGGCCUCCACCCGCUGCAGUCCAUGGCAAAAAGAGAAUGAAUCGGGGUGUGGCCAAGAGUGACCGGCCCAAUGCCAGGAAAAGAACUAAUCCUGAACAGGCGCUUAUUUUGGAGACUUCUUUCAAGAAAAAUCCCAAGCCUGACAAGGAGGGAAGAGAAGAACUUGCAAUGCAAACCGGACUACCCAGUAGAAAUGUACAAAUCUGGUUUCAAAAUAGACGAGCAAAGGCUAGGUCUGUUCAAGAAGCUAUGAGAAAACCUCCUAGACAGGAUGAUGCUGACAGUUUACAGCCAUUUCCAAGCCAAUAUCAUCAAAAUGGACUUUUUGGAAAUCCUGCAACUCCAAGUAGAAAUAGUCCUCAAUUCCCAACUCUCGGAGACCCAUUCACACCUCCCAUGAGAUACACACCUCAACAGCAACCACGGUCGUCUGUUCGCCAAAACUUUCCUCUUUGCGGUAGUUAUGGCAUGCCUAUUUCUCCACAAUUCCAGGCAAACUCUAAUGGACUCAACCUUUUCUACAGCAACAUUACAGGCAUUCCAUAUCCCAGCAGUGAUUACUAUUUGACUCCUGAAAUCCUCUCUACUGGUUUCGAAAUGUCACCUCAAGCUGACAUCUACGACAGCGAUUAUCAUGACGAAAGCAUUAUCGCAACUCCACAAUCAUCUUCAUUAGUAUCUCCUAAUUUCUCUCCAUAUGCUACACAGCCUAAUUCUGGUGGAUAUUAUACCGGGUUGCCAAGUGGCCUGGGUCCGGGUAUUUCAAGCUUAGCUCCAUCACCUUGUUUUGAUAAAUUCCCACAUCACCAUCAUCAUCCCAACAGCACUCCAAGACUUUUACAACGACGUCGACCUCAAUAUGUCAUGAAUGAUAUCAAUAUCGCCACUUCCAAACUAUUGAGGGGUUUACAGAACAGUGGUCAACAUGUGAAAUCUGCUUCUGCCACUGAAUUCCCCUUCCAUGCUUCACCAAAUCUCGCUUUACAACAGCAGCAACUGCGACAACAACAGCAAUGGGCUGGCCCUAUUCGCGCUCCACCACCUGCUACUGAAUUGCAUAGAAGUUUCUCCACUUCAGGCAUGCCAGACAGCUACUCAUUAAGUCGUGCUGCCAGGAUGUUUGACGAAGAAGCUGAACCUCAAGACGACGAAGACUCUCGCAAUCGAACUGUAAGCUCUACCUCACUUACCUCGUCCAACGAAUCAAACGACACUGUCGAAAGUUUUGAUACCGAGGCCAGUUCUUUGGAAAAAGAAAGCGACUCGGAACUGAAAUCGCUUAUUCCUGUUCGCAUCAACGACGGUGACGAUGCUCAAGACACGGAUCUCGCUGGACAACUGGUACAUGUCGAUGCCAUGGGCGAUGCUAAAGCUCUACAAGAGAUUGACGACUUCCUGUCUACUAACACUACAACCACUGCCACAAACUCGAUUCACGAGGACCAGUGGUGA